AUGAUCAUUGGCUCAACAUGUUUCUUCCUAGGCAUCCUUUUCGCGUCCUUUCCCUACGAUUUCCCCUCCUGUGGUCCGCCGCCCCGGUCCCCGAUAGCUAUUUCGAUAUCCUCGAGACCCAUUUGCGCUGGAUGCACCAGUCCCCCGCUCAUCAGCCGUGUGCUCAACAUCAUCACUACCGUCGGAUUUCUCGGCCUCGCCAUUAAGCUGUACCGUCCCGCGGUACUCAACUUCCUCUUCGAUGGCGCCAGCUUAAUUCUCUACUUUAUUGGCUGGGCUAUCUGGGUGCGCAGCAUCGUCAAACGUCUGCGCCUCGUCAGCUGGGGCCAGUGGCCCGAGGAGGAGGACGGCGUCACUGUCAGCCGCAAGGACAAUGUGAAGCUUCUUGCUAUCAGCAACACAAUCCUCGCGCUCGUCCUCGUAGGCGUGCUGGUCUUGCAGGUCAGCCAGUGGUACGCUGAAUCCAAGGAGAUUCAGGACAUCAUCAUGUCGGAAAACCAGAGCCCGGCCGAGCGUCGCGCGUCGGCGUCAAGCAAGAAGAAGCAGUGA